AUGUAUCAAAUUAUUGCAAUAUUAAUGGCCAUAUGGCCUCUUGUCACUGGUCAAACCAAUUCUGGACUGACAAUUGUUGAGAAUACAGCAAUCCUUCCGCUCAAUCCGGUCGGUGCAGCAUGUGAAAACCACGUGGGUUCCAGUUCUCAAACUAUAGGUAAACUGCAGGCAAUGCCCCAAACUAGCUUUAUCGUCUUCGAUAAUGGAUUCUUUUCCGUUCUAGGCACUUCACCGACGCUUGAGCGUAUCGCCAGCCUAUCUCAAGCUCCAAUCGAUAGUCAUUAUGUCCUCACACACAGCCAGGGGAGUGACAAUCUGCUGAUCAUAGCUCAAGAUGGGACUGUUUUGCCGCUCAACUUUGGAAAAAAUCCGGUCGCUAAUUUCACUCUUCAUUUGCCAAUCAUGUCACUGAGUGCUGCUUCUCAGGGUAAUAUGACAUAUAUCACAACAAACGGCCCGGAUGUUCCGAUGGUGGCCGCCCUCGACAUGAAUGACCUAACGGUGACGCCGGUGCUGAACAACUACCAGGGACACCAUUUUUCAAAUUUGAAAAGCAUUGUGGCGACUCGCAGCGGCGAUCUCAUAUUUUCCGACGUGCCUAGGACCCCAGCAAACUACUUUCCAGGUGAUAUUUUCGGAAUUGCUUUGUCACCCGAUGAAAGAUCCAUCUAUUCGAUGGUUGCGAGCAUCAGCCCCACAGCAAUGCAAUCUGCACUGGAUAGUGCGUGGAGAGAUGCCUUCAAACGCCGUCUGAGCCCCGAGAUCAAAGCUAGUGAGACUAUCUUUGAUCUUGGUGGCGACCUGAUAACUGCCAGCUUGAUCUCAGCUCAUAUGGAGCGGCAAGGGCAUAUUCUUAGCAUCGAGGAUGUUUUGGAGUACCCGACUUGGUUCUCGCAGCUGACCUUGUUGACAAAGCGCUCUCGUGGAGAUGUUGAUGUCUGA